GCGGCCGCCGAAGGCCCUCGGAGUACUGCGUGCAGCUGGCGCACUGCGGCGACUCGCGGGCCAUCGUCUGCAGGGGCGAUGGGCUGGUGUGCUCGGAGGACCACAAGCCCGGGCGCCAGGACGAGUCGGACCGCAUCAGGGCCGCGGGCGGCAGCGUCAUGCGCGGCCCGCUAGGCGGGCCGCUGCGCGUCGACGGCGCCCUGGCGGUGAGCCGCGCCAUGGGCGACUUCGCCUACAAGCUGCGCGAGGCGGACCCCGCGCAGUGCAAGGUGUCGGCGAUGCCGGAGGUGUCCACCGUGACGGGCUGCAAAGCAGGCGACUGGGUCUUCAUUGCCUGUGAUGGCAUCUUCGACGUCAUGAACAACGAGGAGGUGCACGGCUUCGUUCAGCCGCGGCUGCUGCGCGAGAAGCCGGGCCCGGCGGACGGGGGGAAGAUCGUGACCGACCUGCUGAGGCACUGCCUGGAGAAGGGGAGCAAGGACAACUGCACCGCCUGCCUCGUGCAGCUGCAGCCGGGCUGCCCCGUGCAGCCUCCCUCGAAGAAGCUGCUGCAGGGCGGCUUCGCCAAGGCAUCGCCGGAGGUCCGCGAGAAGUACGCCGAGUUCAUCUCCUCCCACGGCUUCUCCGUGGACGGCCUCGCCGGCUGCUCGGCCGCCAGGCCCCCGCCGAAGGCGGUCGGCAGGGGCGCCGCGGCGGUGCCGGCGCUGUCGCCGCUCGUGGGGCCGCAGAAGGCUGUGGCCCGACCGCCCCCCCCCAGGGCGGGCGCCUGGGGGCCAUGCACAGCGCCUGGCGCUCGCGCACCGUCGCUGGCUCCGCCCCUACGAGCCCCGCAGGCUCGCCAUCCGUCGGCGGCGCGCCGAGCGCGGCCGCGGCGGUGUCGGCCGUGUCGCCAGGAGCCGGAGCAGCCGCCGCAAGGACGGACAAACUCCCGCCCGCGGCCGGCGCAUCCGCCCCGGAGGGCGGCGCGGCGGGAGGCUCGCCAGCGCCGGGCAGCCCUCCCACUGGCGGCGCUCCGAGGAAGCCGCGGGAGUAGUGCGCGGCAGCGCGCGCUGCGCGCGCGUGCUCGCCCCGCGGCAGCCAUCGGGGGACAGGGAGGAGGAUACCUUGUGGGAAUGCAGCACCGCGCGACGGUCUCUCCCAGACCAGCCAAAUUCUGCCGACAACUGCAGGCAGUGGCGGCCGUCGAGGGGCGCCCUUUUGCCUCUACGUCUCCCGUCUUGCCCGCGGCAGCGAGUUGAAGG